AUGCAACAUAUAUGUACUAACUUCCGAACUUCAUCAACAGUCAACUCAUAUUUUACUCCGGCCAAACAUGAGCGACGGCCUAAAUAUGAGUCAGCAUUGAAGCUUGCUGAGUUCUUAAUAGAAAGAGAUCUCUCAUGGGAAGCAACUUAUCUUGGAAUAGACCAGGGAAAGCCUAGGCUCCACAAAUUUGGUGAGAGUCCUAGCGUAGAGAAGCUGGGAAUUGGACAAUCCCCCAUAUUAAUGACUUCACUUGGUCAAGGGGAUCAACCGGAAACAGAUACUCCUUUGUUUUUGGCAACUAAGUCUGGCUGCAUAGACAUUGCCGAAGAAAUACUGAAACGUUAUCCUCAGGCAAUUGAGCAUAUUGAUGACAAAGGACGUAACAUACUUCAUAUAGCUAUCAGGCACCGCCGAUCAAAGAUUUUUGAGCUUGUAGCGAAAAAAGAAGUGCCCAUGAAGAGGCUAGUACGAAAAUUUGACAGCGAAGGAAAUUCCAUACUUCAUGUAGUUGGAGUGAAAAGAAAAGGGUAUAUAGCUGAGGAAAUGCGUGGCCCUGCACUUGAACUGCGAGAGGAACUGCAAUGGUUUGAGGUGGAGAACUUCUAA